AUGGCCACCGCAGUACAGCCUGCGAUGAUCAUGGCGCCGACCUACAACCAGCACGCCGGCCAAUGCAUCGACCCCGAGCAGGAGUUCUUCGACUUCAGCCAGCUGCCAUCACCGACACCCGCAACCCUGAAGCGUGAAGCCAGCGCCGCCUCGACCCUCGCCAGCCCAGCCAGCACCAACCUGGACGACGAUCUGCAGACGCCUGCGAAGCCCAACACGCAACCGUCUCAAGCCGGCCGCAGGACAUCCAGCCCCCUCAGCGACGCCCGCGCCGAGGAGACCAUUGCCCGCGUCGUUGCACAGAUCCGGGCCAACAGCCAGAGCGCCGCUUCCUCAAUGGGCGGCGACCGCCAGGACCUCCUUCCCCACAUCAUCCGUGCGAAGAAGGACGAGGAGGACAUGGACGAGGACGAGAGGCUGCUCGCAUCAGAGGAGGGCAAGAAGCUGAGCUCAAAAGAACGCCGCCAGCUCCGCAACAAGGUCUCUGCUCGCGCCUUCCGCUCCCGUCGAAAGGAGUACAUUGGCCAGCUUGAAGGCGAGGUUGCCGUCAAGGUCCAGGAGGCAAACGACCUCCGCACCGAGAACCGUCUUCUCCGUGAGGAGAAUGCCCGGUCCCGUGCCUUCAUUGAGCGCCUGCUCCGCCACCAGGCCUUCACUCCCUUCCUCGAGGAGCUCUCCCGCGAGGAGAGCCUCCAGCCCAAGACCCCAAUGGCCUCGAUGCCUUCCACCUCGACCCCUGCCGUCGCCGCUCCCGCACCUGCUCAAUUCCAGAACCAGCAGCAGUUUGGUGGCAUGUCUCAGCCUGAGAAUACCCACGUCGGUAUGACUCUCGUCCCCGAGACCCAGUUCGACUUCUCUUCCCUCAACAUCAACAACGCCAACGCCAACUGGGGUGCCAGCAACGGGUUCGGCUUCCAGCAGCCCCGCGUCUUUGCUGUUCACGAGCUCCCCGAGGGCCCCGUGAACCCCCUCGACACCGAGGCUAUGUCCGGCAAGGGCUACAGUGCCAUCUUCAACGCUGAGGAUGAGACAACUGUCGAUGAGGUCAAGCCUGACUUCCCCGUCAUCGAGCGCCCCGCCCAGACUGAGCAGCCCACUUUUGCCGUCGUCGAGGACGAUGACGAGGAUGACCUCUACGCCGCUUCGCCUGUCCCAUCCACCACCUCCACCCCCGCUGCACCUAUUGAGAACUUCGAGCCCCUCUUCACCAACCCAGAGAAGGCUCUUGCACACUUCAGCCUCGUCAUCUCCGAUGAGGCAGAAGAGGCACGUCUCGCCGACCGUCUCGCUAGGAGGAUCGCUGCCGCUGAGCCUGUCCUGCAAAGACUUGCUCUCAUCACCUCAAUGCUCGACUCAUAAUCGCAACUCCUCACCUUUUUCUUCUCCUCUUCUCCUCUUCUCCGCGCAAAAGCAAGCGGGCACAAUUCUUAGAUCGGUCGAGCAACAUGAUUGAAAUGAUUUCCUUUGUCACACAGCAGUAACACCUAGGGCUAAACAAGCCGGGUUUGGUUUGGUUUGGAGCAUCCAUUUUAGUACAGCGUCUGUUUCUCAACUUGUUUCAUUUGGGGGACUCCCCGAGGAUCGGGGCCGGAUUGGUGUUCUGGAGGGUUUUCCGUGUAUAUAGCAUCACAUCUAGGCGGUGGUGUGUAUCUAGAGGAUUAGGAAUUUUAUUCGUAAAGGAU